AUGCGCUACUCUAUGAUCAACGGCCUUCUUCUGUUGACAGUCUCCCCCAUGUCUGUCCUCGCGCUUCCCUUGGACCCCAACGCCCUGCCUGGUCAAUGGAACCCGAGUGGACAGCACCCAAAUAACCACUGGCAGAAUGGUCAGGGCGGUUGGACCGACGCCAACGGCCAGUGGCACAAUAAUGGCGCUGUCGGCCCUCGUCACUGGCCAAAUGACCACAACAACCAGGAUGGCUGGACUGAUGGCAGCGGCAAAUGGCACCCGAAUAACCCCAACAACCAAAAUGGCCAAUGGCACGCCAACCAAAACGGUCAGAAGUACAACAAUGGCUGGACCGACGCCAACGGCCAGUGGCACAAUGAUGGCGAUGUCCGCCCCCGUGACUGGCCCAAUGACCACCACAACAACCAGAAUGGCUGGACUGAUGGCAGUGGUAAAUGGCACGCCAACAACCCGAACAACCAGAAUGGUCAAUGGCAUGCCAACCAAAAUGGCUGGACAGACUCCAACGGCCAGUGGCACGUAGACCACAAGCGUGAUGUUAUUCCCGGCCUAAAUGGAGCUGUCAAUAGCAACGCAGCCAACCUCGUGAACGGUGUGAUUCCUAACCGCCGCAGCUGGCGCGACGGUGACAAUGACCAGAACAAUGGCAACUACGGUGAAGGCAACAAUGGCAACGGAAAUGGGAACUAUGGCAACAACGGCAACAAUGGAAACAACGGCAACAAUGGCAACAACGGCAAUGGUAACUGGAAGCGCGGCAACGGAAAUGGCAAUGGGAACGGCAAUGGACAUGGCAAUGGCAACAACGGUAACAACGGCAACAACGGUAACAACGGAAACAACGGAAAUAAUGGAAACAACGGCAACAACGACUGGAAGCGCAACGAUGGCUUCAACCGUGAUAUCAACUCGGUGGCCAACCCCUCCGUGAUCCCCCGCGACUCGAACAGCGAUAUCAAGUCGGUAGCCAACCCCUCCAUCAUUCCCCGUGACACGAACAGCGACAUCAAGUCGGUGGCCAACCCCUCCUUGGUCAACUCUGUGACCAAGCCCUCCCUGAUCUCCCGUGAUUCGAACAGCGAUAUCGACUCGGUGCUCAACCCUUCCACAAUCCCCCGCGACCAGCCCACCAACAACGCCUAG